CCUACAUGAAAGAAAUAUAUCAAAAUAAUAUCAAGCAAAUAAAAAACCCUUUCACCCUUCAAGGAGGGUAAGUGGUGAAUCAGCUCCUCUCCAAAGGCUAUUGUGCAGUUUAAGCAUUAUGACAGAACAUUGAGCAAUUGCGUGAACUAACCACAAAGCCAGAUAAGUAUAAAAGUCUCGAUUCAUCUCGGUUCAGUAUCAACCACGUCUCAAUCAGAAGCAUGACAUCAAAGCUCAGACUAACUGUGUUGGUCAUAACAGUCGCUUUGGCCUACACUUUCUGGGGACUUCUCCUUUCUCUACAACCCGCAUUUUACCCUAUUGAAGCGGAAUCCAAAGGCGCCACUCCCUCGCAAUAUGGACUGGUCUUUGGGAUCGUCAGUCUGGCAGCCUUCAUUUUCUCGCCCAUCUUUGCGCAUUUCGGGAGCAAGAUUGGGCCCAAAUUACUCUACAACGUAGGGGGAUUUGUUCAGGGCCUUGCUGCCAUCGCCUUUGGGAGUUUAGAGUUCGUGAAUGGCACUUGGACAUUCAUUGGAUUGUCCUAUCUCCUCAGGUUUAUUGAUGGAAUGGCCAAUGCUGCGUGCGCCGCUACUAUUGUCAGUAUCCUCAUGACUCUGAUUCCGGGUCAUGAGUCUUCCAUUACAGCCUGGACUGAAAUGUGCUUAGGCUUUGGCUACAUGAUAGGGCCUGUUUUGGGAUCCCUGUUAUUUGAGGUGGGUGGGUUUGCCCUUCCGUUUUAUGCUGUGGGCGGGAUCGUUUUGGUUUUGGCCUUUGUUCUUCUCCUUAUUGUACCUAAUGUCAAACCUGGGUCAUUAGCGAAAGGUCAGGAGACGAAAGAUGACACGAAGCCUUCACUCACUAUCAAAAAUGUCGUUACAUCAUUUUGGUUGUCCUUACCGUUUUUGGAUAAUUUCAUACUUUUUUGUGGGAAUGGCAUGGUGGAUUCGAUGCUUCAACCCCACAUGAGGAAGUCAGAAGCUCAGGCUACGCAAUUUCAAGUCAGCAUGGCUUUCCUCAUCAUGGCCGCUUUUUACAUGGUGGCUACUCCAGUUGUGGGUUAUGUAUGUGAUCGGAUCAAGUCCCCGAUCUUGUUCUCCAUUGCCGGAAACUUUUCCAUGUUCAUCGCUUUCCUUUUCAUUGGACCCGCUCCGUUCUUCCGGUCCUUGUCGGCGUCAGUCCCACUGAUCUUGGGCAUAAUGCCCUUCUUUGGUUUGGGUUACGGAUUCGUUUUGGUGUCCACGUUUUCCAGGGCUUAUAAGGAGUCAGUCCGACAGGGUUACAGAGAUGAUGUGAAUACUUACAUGAUCCUUACUGGUCUUUGGACGGCAUCCUUUCACCUGGGAAGCUUUGUUGGCCCCACUGUGGCAGGAUUCAUCGUGGAUGCCAUUGGUUUCCCACAAACUAGUCAGAUUUCAAUGGCUGUAUUCCUCUUAAUGGCUGUUGUUGAUUGCAUUCAGUACUUUUAUCAAGUCCGAAAAUCCAAGAGCCAAUCCCAAUAUGAAAGUUUGAUGUAGCCCGUACUCAUUGACACUUCAAUCAAAUAAACGAACUCCUACCCCACUGAACCUUGACACAAUUCUCGAAAUUCAAAGCCAAGAGCAUCUUUAAUUAUUUUCAAGGGACAAAAUUUGUGCAGUGUCGCCGAAAAAUAGCUAUUAGCCAAAUGAAGGAAAGAAAAAUUCAAGGAAAAAUGUAGCGCAGCACCCAGAUUUUGGGUGCUUUGC